AUGGACGUCAAAACAGCGUUUCUUAACGGCUCCCUCAACGAAGACAUCUACAUGGACCAGCCGGACGGAUACCUGGAUGCAACACAGCCGGACGGAUACCUGGAUGCAACACAGCCGGACUAUGUGUGCAAGCUAAAGAGAUCACUCUACGGCUUGAAGCAAUCGCCUCGCAUGUGGAACCAAACAAUCGAUGGGUUCAUGAUCAAGAUGGGAUUCAAGAAGUGCGAAUCGGACCACUGCAUCUACAUCAAGCGAGACGACCAAGACAUGAUUCUCGUGGUGCUCUACGUCGAUGAUCUCAUCCUGGCCAGCAGCAACAACGAACUCCUCAAGUCAACCAAGAUGGCGCUGAGCAAACGCUUCGAAAUGACGGAUCUCGGUGAGCUCGAUUACUUUCUCGGCAUGGAGAUCAAGAGCGACCGUAAGACGGGAAUGGUGACUGUACAACAAACCAAGUUUCUCAAGUCCGUGUUAACAAAGUUCGGAAUGGAUAACAGCAAGCCAGUGAAGACGCCUCAAGAUCCCGGCCUGAAGCUAACCAAGAACAUGUGUGAACAAGAAUGCAAGCACGAAGACACCAUGUGCAACGUGCCAUAUCGAAGUGCUGUCGGAGGCAUCAUGUAUCUCAUGGUCGCCACACGUCCGGAUCUAGCUGCUGCAGUGGGAUCGUUAUCCCAGUUCUCGUCCGACCCAUGCCCGACUCACUGGCAAGCUUUGAAGCGUGUGCUGAGAUACCUGCAAGCAACGCCCAAUCAUGGUCUUGAGUUUACACGUGAAGAAGGAAGCCGUAUCUGCGGGUACACCGACGCAGACUGGGCCGGCGACAUUGAGUCAAGACGAAGUACAAGCGGCUAUGUGUUCAUGAUGAACGGAGGAUGCAUCAGCUGGAAAAGCCAGAAACAACGGACGGUCGCGCUAUCUUCAACAGAAGCAGAAUACAUGGCGCUUUCCGAAGCAACCAAAGAAGCAGUAUGGCUCAAGGUGCUUUUGGGGGAACUUGGUGAGAUGACAAGCGACGAAGCGAUCAAGAUGUAUGAAGACAACCAAGGAUCAAUCGCUCUCGCCAAGAACCCGGAGUUCCAUAAGAGAACAAAACACAUCGACAUACGCUACCAUUUUGUGCGUGAGAAGGUGGAAUCAGGUGAAGUCGUUUUGGAGUAUUGCCCGACUCAAGAUAUGCUGGCAGACAUGAUGACCAAGCCGAUCGCCGCUGUACAAUUUGAAAACAUUCGCGAUCGACUUGGGAUCCAAGGUGCCGCAGCUAACGAGUCGAGAGGGAGUGUUGAAAAGACAGCGGCUGUGAAGAAGACACCUCGUCAAGCUGCGUCAAGUGUUGAAGCAAGUGGAAGACCAAGCUUCGCUAUACCGGUGGGUACCGGUAUGUACCAGUAA